AUGGUUGAUCUCGGGGAUUCGAGGACAAGGGUGUUGACGAAAGGUGCUACUUCAACUUGGGUUAAGAAGGGCGUCACAACCUUGGAACCCAUGGAUGCUGAAACCAACAUCCUCGUUUCUCUCAACCUUGCGUAUGGAUUCAGGCCUUCCCCUACCGCCCAACUCAAGCACCCGACCUCCAGAGUUGACCGAGACAAGGUUCUAAUUCGCCAGUUCAUUUCAUGCCUCAUCGACAGCUCUUUGGGAUUGCCAGCACCCUGCGACGACCUCAACGCAACGUCGGACCAGCCUUUGGCGACAACCUUCUCAUUCGACACUGUGGAACGUGUCAACGAGGACCUAUAUGUGUUCAAGCUACCUCCUUCUCCCUCUUGCAAAUGGGUCAUCGGUGUUGAUCACCCUACGAUCGUUCUUUACAUCUGCCGACUGGUCGCCUCCGCUCCGAAUACACAUACGGUGCUGACGAUCGCCUCCCACCUACUUGAGCACCACAUACCCUUCCGUACCCUCCUACAGGCCUCCUUGGAGCCCGAACGGCUCGAUCUCCCAUACGCAGAUGACGCCAUCCAUUUCGACAACCACCAAUUCACGAUGGCAGAGUUUGACAGCGCUAUGCUUGAGUGCCGGAGGAUCGCAAGGGAAUUCGGUAGCAAGGAGUCUGGGUUGCAAGGACCAUCCAUCAAGGUCACAGCGCAUCAUUCAGGGUACUUCGUCCCUUCUAAAUGCGAUGGGUAUUUCUACUGGGACGAUGACCUCACUGGUGAGGAGAUUGCAUGUUUGUGCGGGACGUACUGCCUCUAUACAGGGCGUGGCGAGCAGAAAACAACGGUCUCGUGGUUCCCUCCCCCGGAUAUCUGGGAGAAGCAGGGCUAUGGCUGGCCAGGAUGGACAGAAUUCGACGAGGGGUUUUUCCAGCAGUGGAUGGCAGACAUUCGCGAGGGUAAGGCCAAACCCCUGUCGCGUCAAGAUUGGGGGCGCAAGGUUCACGGCAUCAAGAACACGAGGAUGAUGCUUAAGAACAACAGGGAACGGGCAAAGGCGUACGUGGAGUUGAACAUUCGUGCUAUGUAG